AAUAAUUUCACCAAAAGUGAACAAAGUAACUCUUCCCAAAACCUCACUCUCUCUUUCUUCUUUCUCCCUUCAUCUCUUUCCAAUGGCUUCCAUCCCCACACUUUCUCCAUCCUUAACCAAAAUCUUCCCUCACUCCACACCUCAUUCCAACUCCAAUCACUGCACUCUUCCUCCCACCUCUCUCUUCGGCACCAGGAUCACCCUCCAACGCGCCACCUCAUCAUCAUGUUCCCUUCCCAAUACCAACUGUCGUGCCACGUCAGCAACGGUGUCGUUUAGCCUCCCCUCCCCGAAACCCCUUUCCAAUGCGCCAGAGAAAACCCCUAAGUGGUCGGCGAGGGCUAUUAAAUCGUUUGCAAUGGCAGAAUUGGAGGCGAGGAAGAUAAAGUUUCCCAACACGGGAACCGAGGCUAUUCUGAUGGGGAUUUUGGUUGAAGGAACAAGUAGAGCUGCUAAAUUCUUAAGAGCCAAUGGAAUUACUCUUUUCAAAGUACGUGACGAAACUUUAAAUCUACUUGGCAAAUCUGACUUGUAUUUUUUCAGCCCUGAACAUCCUCCUUUGACUGAACCAGCCCAGUUAGCCCUUGAAUGGGCUAUUCAGGAGAAACUGAAAUCAGGUGAAGGAGGAGAAAUAAACGUGACACAUAUGCUUCUGGGAAUUUGGUCACAGAAAGAAUCAGCAGGUCAAAUAAUUCUGGCUUCUCUAGGUUUCGAUGAUGAAAAAGCCAAAGAACUUGCUAAAACAGUAAGUCUUAAGUUUUGUUGA